AUGCCGUCAGCUAGUUCCAGUAGAGAUAUCUUGCUUGAAGCUAUGGAAAAGUGCAAAACUAAAGAUGGUUAUGUCAGAGAGGUAGUUGGUGCACCAGAGCCUAUGGCCUUUCUUGCCACUGACAGGCAGCUAAAAGAUAUCGAGCUGUACUGUUGUCAGGAAGACGAUUUUUCAAUUCUUGGUAUUGAUCCGACAUUCAAUCUUGGCAAUUUUAGCGUGACUCCAACGACCUACAGGUGCCGCAAAAUUGUUAACGUAACCACAGGUAAAUCACCUGUUUUCCUUGGUCCCAUGCUUGUUCAUCAGAGCAAAACGGAACAAACGUACCGAUAUUUAGCCUCAUCAGUCAAGCGAUUCAAUCCAAACACCGUGUCUCUUCAAGCCUUCGGCACUGAUGGCGAACGUGCUUUGUCAAAUGCAUUCAAUGAAGAGUUCCCUGUGGCUGACCAUCAUCGUUGUUUUAUCCACCUGCGUAAAAACAUUGAAAUGAAACUCUCCAGUAUAGGCAUCAAUGGGCGUUACCAAAAUGAAUUUCUCGACGACAUAUUUGGUCAUAAUGCAGCAGCUAUCUCGUAUCACGGAAUUGUGGAUUCCGAUGAUUCGGAUGACUUUUAUGCAAAACUGUGCUCGCUGGAGGAUGUUUGGAAUGCUCGAGAAUGGGAAAUCACAUACCAAACUCCCACAUUCUACGACUGGUUUGUCAAAAAUGUUGCUGACACGAUCAACGCAUUGAUGCUGAAACCCACGCGACAAAAGGCGGGACUUGGGGAUUCCCUAUACACAAUAAACGACAAUGAACAGAAAACCACCUGUUAAAGCUCAAGACGGACCACAAACGUGUGAACCUCGUAACGCUUAUUGAAAAGAGCCAUGAACUUGUGAAGGAACAAGAUUCGUUGCUGGAAGGAGCAAUCAUUGACCAGGGGGAAUGCAGACUCUCAGAUGAAUAUAAGCACCUGAAGAUAUCCCCAGAAAAGUGGAGAAAGAUGAAUCCUACGGAGAGAAGAGCGUACACCAAAAAAGCCAAAGAAAGUGGUCCCAUGUCACAAACGCUUUCCACACUCUCCAUAUCACAUACACAGUCCGGCAUCUCUGGUAUCCCAGAAAGCAUUUUAUCCCAUCAAUUCUCUAAGGCCCAGAGGCUCUUGCGAAUGAAUAAAGUUAGACAUGGCUUUGGGGAAGACGAUACUCUAUUGGUAGCAUCGGAUACAUCAGCGAAACCGCAUGUUAUAAGGCAAUGCAAAAAUGGUAAAUUCUGUUGCGAUGAUGACUGUCCCGCAUACAACCAUUCCAGUCUUUGUGCUCACACACUGGCGGCAGCAGAAUUCAAGGGCAAACUCGUAGAUUUCGUAACAUGGCACAAGAAAACUGGUGUACAGACAAGUGUGACAAAAAUGUCUACUUAUGGGCUGGAUGUUGGCAGUGCUGGUAAAAAGCCACAUCAACGAAGAAGAGCGAAGAAGACCAAGGAGAAAGAGAACUUCAUCGUUGAACAUGUAGACAGACUGCAAACUCCAUCUCAGAAUCGCCAGCCCGUGAAAAUGAAGAUUGUUCGAAGAAAUGAAGAACACGAAGUCUUGCAAGAAAGUCUAGCAGAGACGGACGAAGGGCAUCGUGAGGACAUCAAUUCGUAUUCACUUGUGUUCCUGUCUGAUCAUCCCCGAGUGACAACUUGUACAGGAUGUGGAAUCAAAUUCGCUCGAAAGGCCGAUGGUGGACUCUUUCCUCCUCCGCAUGACGUCGCCAUUACACACAAAGAACACCGUCCCUGGAAAGAUAGAAAUACACGGAUCUUGAGAGUUGGAAAGGAACAGGCUGUCUAUUUUCAUGUAAAUAUCUCUUGCGUUCAGAAAGGAAACAGCAUCAGUAGCGCUACCUUUGACGGAGCACAAUUAGACAUUCAUCCCAUUGUCAAACAACGUCUG